AAAAAAAUCUUUAAAAAAAAAAAAAAAAAAAAAGAAGGGCACACCUGUCGCAGAUUACAUAAUCCAAAGCAGGCCAUUUCAGGAUGAUCACCUGCUAGUUAUUAGCUUGUCCCAUUAUGGCUCCUGACAUUGGUUGAUGUCCUGAAACAGAAUAUCCAUUCCUUCCUACCCUCCUGACUCCUCUACGGCAUUAGAAGCCACGUUUCCCAUUCUGCCUAACUCCUUGUCUGGGCAUCACUUGUAAGCAGACUUUUUGGCUACUUUAUACAUGUACAUGUGUGUGCAUUUGUGUGUGUGUGUAUGUGUGUGUGACCAGGACCUCAUUGCUCAGGAGAAUGCACCCAUGAAGCAAAAGUAGCUGAGUAAAACUGAGAGCAGAAAUCCUCCAUAGCAUCUUGGAUUGAACAGCUAGAUUACGGGUUAGUUUACCGAUUUCUGUCAGCUGCAGGGUUACAAGGGGAGCUAACAAGCUGUGCUCACCCAUUUACUGCUGUUUUUGCUACAAGAACGAGGUGCAGGUCUGGAGGUGUAAGUUCCUUGUUUUGUACAUCCUGCCUGAUCUCACACUCUUAUUUUCAGCAGCUAUGUGCCAGCCUCUUUGGCUGCCAGGAUUAGAUAAUUACAUCCGUGAGAGUCCUGACCCUUCUUCCCUGAGAACCUGCUGCUUUCCUUGGGGCUCUGAGAUGAGCCUGGAUUGGAAAGUGGUGACCAAGAUGGGUUCUGUUGAGGCCCUGUGUCCAAACUCUGGCUUUGGGCAUGCCGGCUGUUUGUACCAGUGUACAGUGCAGGAAAGUCUUCUAGCUCCCCUGGCCUUCAUAUGGACUCACCAUGCUCUCACCAUGCUCUCGGGACUUCUGCAUUUCUCGGUUUCCACUCUUCUAGGUGACUGAGAAGGGUGGCACGAAGUGCUGGGAACCUCCGGCCAAUAGGUUUAGACUAGGAUACAUUUGUUUAGGUGGUAUCCUGAGGUUUUACCCUGGCCUAUGGGAAAAUACUUUCCACGCGCCAGUCCUAACCUUCCAGUGUCUUCUGCGGGCCUCCCACAGCCUUUCCGAGUGGGACUUUGCCCCUUUCACAGUGAAGAUUGCUUCUGGCGAUAUACUCCCAAAUUUUUGUCCCUGCAAAGAGUAACUAGUAUUUAUUUCCUAUUUAUUUAUUUAUUUUAUCAGUUUCUAGUCUUUGCUCAUUAUGCUAUCAAAUGUGUUAACUCACUAAGGUCUGGAGGAAAACUAAUAUCUGAACCCAUGAAACAGCCUUCUCAAUAGCUUAAAACGACUUGGAGAAUUGUAGGUAGAGUCUUCUUACCAGUGUCACAAAAGCUCGGUGCCUGGAGGGACUGUUGUAAUCAGGGUAUGCGUUUGUUUUAGAGAAGGAGACAAUGUAUGGGUAAAGUAGCUUACGCAGCAGCCAGUUAGCAACCGACUUCAGAUGGAGCACAUCCUCUCCAUCAGCCUGCCUUCUGCUGCUCCUGUCUUCCUCACGGCUCAGCCACUUUUGUCACAAAUAAAUAAAAAAAGAGAAAAGUGGAAAGUUCCCUAUAGCACUUGUAUGCACAGUAAAUAGAGUUGUAAGAGAAAAGCUGCCUUGGGAGGGGAUUCCAUGAUCAAUUAAAACUGAGGAAUGCUAAGUUAUUUCCUUUCCCUGGGCUGUCUGUGAGUUUGUAUUAUGCCAUGACACAUUUUGAUCUUAGGAGGGGACAGACUGUUGCACUUGAUAUUGUUCUCCUGUCCUCUCCCCCAUUUCUCUGAGCAUCUCAACCAGUUUUUGCUCAAGUUUACAGGUCUUCUAGAAGACGAUUUCCAGUGAAAAUACUGGCAGUGAGUUUGUUACAGUGCUGCGAUGGCAUUGGUAGCAAGCCCUAGCAGUGCAAUGAGCUACUAGAAAGACUUAGCUGCCCAGAGCUGUCCUUGCAAGGAGGAGUUUCUUUCCCACCUGGGGCAUACAAAGUCAGUAUUUGUGUUUGAUUUUGCAAGUUACCCAAGAAUUAAUUAAUUAAUGGAAAUGUAUUGGUGAUGUUGAUACUGCAUCUUAGCAAUGCUUCUUUCAGUAUGGCACUUUAUAAUCUUCAGGCACCUUUGAGGACUCCCCUGUGAGCCAGGCAGUAUUGCAGUGACUGUAUGGUCAGAGUCCUAGGAGCCCUGAAAAACUGGUUGCUGAUUCCGUCUCUUCCCCCUCCUGCCCUCCUCUCUCUGAAGUUUACAUCCUAAAAGGAUAGAGCCAGAACUUGGUUACAGAGUCUCUGACUCCAAGUCCAAAGUUCAUUAUACUGGUCUUUCCUUCUAGCUUUAUGUAUACAACAAAAGGUAUGGAAACAGAUCUUCACACUGUUUUUGCUUAUUGUGAAAACCAAUUCUUUUGUAUUGGAGUGACCCAGAAGUGUAACUCUUACUACAUUUUGUCCCUGUAGUGCCACUUGUUCAGGGACUUGGAUUGUACUGCAGAUACUGUUUGAUUGUGAAACUAAGAUUGAACAUACCGCUGUAAUUAACUCUGAAAAUAUAUCGCCUCUGCAUUCUCAGGUGAAGGAGAUGAUUUGAAAGGAAAAAUAGUGUUCAGAUGAAACAAUAAAUAUUCUUUAUUACACAAAUGCCGUUUCUUAGCUUUAAUUUGCUUUCACAACUUGUUGAUGAUCUUUGUAAAAUAUUUAUAUUUUGAAAUAAAGUUACAAAUGUUGAAUGAAACCGGUGAUAAACUUAGCCUCCUCUUUUUGAGGAAUUUGAACUUUGUCCAGACUUUCCCUGGGUAUCCUACCUUUGGUGCCACUAUUUAUACUGGUGCCAGUAUUUUUAUGAAAUUGGGUCAUCUUACAUGAGGGAAGCUAUCUGCAGAGUAUGAGUUUACACCAUAAAGAGGCCAGAAGAGUCCAUAGCUGAGGCAGAAGUCCUCAGUGGGUUGGCGGGAGGCAGCCUUGUAGAUAAGGCCUGAGAGAGGGUUAAGGUAAGUGUUGGGAGAAUGAGCCUGGAGAAAGCUCUGCAGCUCAGGGUGCAUACUGUUCUUCCAAAGGAGCCAGUUCAAUUCCUAACCCCUAUGUUGGACGGCUGCUAACCCCCUUAAUUCAGCUCCAGGAGAUCUGAUGCCUCUGUCCUUCAGGCACUGCCCUCAUGGCCACAUGCCCACGUGUAGACACACUUUACAAGGAAAAGAAUUGGAGGAUGAGUUGAAUUCAGGAGCUCUUUUAUAAGAAAAGGCUAAGCUUUGCCAUCUCCAUUACCGGAGAUGCCCAUGCUGCUUGGGCAGGUGAAGCCGAGUCCUUCAGCUUCCCUUCCAACACUGCAAACUGAAUCCAUCAGCCUAACUUGAUGAAGAAAGCCAGUCUCAGAUUCCUUUUUGCCCCACAUGUUCUCAUUAGCAGCUAUGGUCCUUCAAAAAUGCUUGCUUGUGCUGCUUACUCAGUCCCUGGGUCCUUCCUAAGGUCAGUCUAGAAUCUUAAGAUACAGGCUUCUGAAUGCCUUCUUUGGCUUUGUUCCUGGAAACUGGAGGAAAAGGAGCUUUGGCACCUCUUCUCACCACAGGGAUUCUGUGUGAGCUCAUGGUUGGGCUGAGAGAACGGAUUCUUAGCCUUAAGUGACUUCAGUCAGACACAUCUUUUCAUUCAAGGAGCAGUUAACAUGCUGCUAGUUCUUGGCUAAUAUUAGAAACAAUAUUACAAGUUUUUAAAAGGUAAUAUUUAGCCAGAGCCCAAACUUUUGUUUUUAAAUCUCUUGAAGAUGAAUUCUAAAGAUAACUGCAAGAUACACUGCCUUCUUGCUGAGUAUCAAGAUGUGUGAAAAUAUUCUCAAAUGUUUCAACUCUGUAAGAGAUACAAUCAGAACAUAGAAGUGGAGGCGAAAUGGGACUGUCUUUCCUCGGAAGCCAUUGAAAGAAAGUUACAAGUGUAAUUGAUGUCUCAGUCCCAGCAGCUCAACACCAUCAAAACAUGUAGAAAUAUUUACGGGAAAUCAGAAUUGACUUUUGAGGCAAAUGGAUUUGGUGGGAAGCUUUGUUGGGGACAGUUGUCUUCUGGUAAGAGGCCACAUGAAUUUGUGCAGGCUCUGGGGUGGCCUGAUUCUCCUGCUCCAGAUAAAAUUAGGCUUUGGAACACAACCUUGAAUGAAGAGGCACAGGGGCGGUCAGAGGGCGGGUCCGCGGGGUGGGACUAUGGCAGUGGAUGGGUGGGGCCGCCCAGGUAUUAGGGCGGAGCUGGUGGGGCGUGCCACCCUAGAGGCGGACCAGAUGAUCCUAGACUGCUACGCGCCAGACUAUGGGUCAGUGGGUGGGACGUAGAGGGGGCUCGGCUAGGGUGCUGGGCAGAACUCGCUAGAGUGGGGUGGCCUCGAAGGCGGGGCCCGCGCGGUAGUACAGGCCUGGGGGCGGGGCUACGGGCCCAGGGUCGCAUGGAGGCGGGGCCGAAGUAGUGGCACAAGGGUAGGGGUGGGGCCUCGGUGCGGCGAGGCGGCGGGCAACCGGGAGGCUGGUUGGCGGGCGGGCAGAGGUGCGGAUAGCGCGUUGUACUUUCGUUGGAGGGCCAUGGCCGCUUCUCCAGUCCCCGGCGGUGGCGGUGCGGGAGCUGUCCACUCCUCCAACGCGUCUGGCUUCACCUUCGACUCGGGACUGGAGAUCAGGACGCGCUCGGUGGAACAGACUCUUCUGCCCCUGGUUUCUCAGAUUACCACACUUAUAAACCAUAAAGAUAAUACCAAAAAGUCUGAUAAAACCCUGCAAGCGAUUCAGCGUGUGGGACAAGCGGUCAACUUGGCAGUUGGAAGAUUUGUUAAAGUAGGGGAAGCUAUAGCCAACGAAAACAGGGAUUUGAAAGAAGAAAUUAACAUCGCCUGCAUCGAAGCCAAGCAAGCAGGUGAAACAAUCGCCUCACUCACAGAUGUGACCAAACGGAACCAUUUGGAAUCAGAUGGUCAGGUCACAAUUCUGACAGACAAAACAGGCGUCGUGCAGGCUGCCCGGCUGCUGCUCUCCUCAGUGACAAAAGUGUUGCUGCUGGCAGAUCGUGUAGUCAUCAAGCAGAUAGUGACAUCGAGAAACAAGAUUCUUGCAACCAUGGAAAGGCUAGAGAAAGUAAACAGCUUUCAGGAAUUUGUUCAGAUAUUCAGCCAGUUUGGAAACGAAAUGGUGGAGUUUGCACAUCUAACAGGAGACAGACAAAAUGAUUUGAAAGAUGAGAAGAAAAAGGCCAGAAUGGCUGUGGCGAGGGCCGUGCUUGAAAAGGGUACAAUGAUGCUCCUCACAGCCUCAAAGACAUGUCUCAGGCACCCCAGCUGUGAGUCAGCGCACACAAACAAAGAAGGGGUAUUUGACCGGAUGAGAGUAGCCCUGGAGAAGGUCACUGAGAUCGUGACUGACCGCAGACUCAGCGGAGAGACCGACAGCUCAUCUGUCAGCAUUUUUACUGGGAUUAAAGAGUUGAAGGUGAAUAUUGAAGCUCUUCGGGAGAAUGUUUGCUGUGAGUCCAAAGAGAACCUUUCUGCCGCAUUGGAGGCCGUCUUGGAGCAUGUGGAGGACUUCACUGAUUCUGCCUACACCAGCCACGAGCACAGGGAACGGAUCUUGGAGCUGUCUAGUCAGGCGAGGACAGAACUGCAGCAGUUCCUUUCCGUGUGGAUGCAAACCCAAAGCAGGAAGACAAAGAGCGCCGCCGAGGAGCUGGAACUCACAGUUCUGAAGAUCAGCCACAGCCUGGACGAGCUGAGGAGAGAACUCCAUUGUACAGCCAUGCAGCUGGCAGCCGACCUGUUAAAAUUCCAUGCUGAUCAUGUGGUUUUAAAAGCAUUAAAAGUUACUGGAGUAGAAGGAAAUUUGGAAGCUUUGGCUGAGUAUGCCUGUAAACUCUCUGAGCAGAAAGAACAGCUUGUGGAGACAUGUCGAUUGUUGCGGCAUGUAUCCGGCACAGAACCCCUUGAGAUAACGUGCAUACAUGCAGAGGAGACAUUUCAGGUGACUGGCCAACAGAUCAUUUCUGCUGCUGAAACGUUGACGUUGCACCCGUCUAGCAAAAUCGCUAAGGAAAACCUGGAUGUGUUUUGUGAAGCUUGGGAGUCUCAGAUGAGUGACAUGGCGACGCUGCUGAGGGAAAUCAGUGAUGUGUUUGAAGGAAGGCGAGGAGAGAAGUGCGACCAUCUUUCACUUCCAAAGCCCAUGAAGAAUAAUGCAAACCUGAAGUCACUAAAGCCUGACAAACCUGACUCCGAGGAGCAAGCCAAGAUAGCAAAGCUCGGGCUGAAGCUGGGAUUGCUCUCCUCUGAUGCUGACUGUGAAAUCGAGAAAUGGGAAGAUGAAGAGAACGAGAUCGUUCGACAUGGACGCAGUAUGUCCAGGAUGGCCUAUUCUCUGUAUUUAUUUACUAGAGGAGAGGGGCCACUGAAAACUUCCCAGGACUUAAUUCACUUCCUAGAGGUUUUUGCUGCAGAGGGGUUAAAGCUUACUUCAAGUGUACAGUCAUUUUCAAAACAGCUAAAAGAUGAUGACAAACUUAUGCUUCUCCUGGAAAUAAACAAACUUAUUCCUCUAUGCCACCAGCUUCAGACAGUAACUAAGACGUCUUUGCAGAGUAAAGUCUUUCUAAAGGUUGACAAGUGUAUUACAAAGAUAAGAUCCAUGAUGACUCUCGUGGUCCAGCUCCUCUCACUUUGCUAUAAGCUACGGAAGAAGAUGGAAAAUAACAGAUGGGGCUCUGCGACGAACAAGGACACCAUGGAUGGUCAAAACUGAGCAGCCUGGGGUUCGUCUCAGGGAUACCAUGCGGCACAGCUGACAUUUUAAAGCGCAGAUGAUCCUUUGUCCUUUCCUAAGUCCGUCAGUCUUUUAAAGAGGAUGCUGAAAUCUUUUUUUCUGAUCCUCAGAUUAGACAGUCAUGUUGCUAGGGUGGUUGCUAAGAUUCUAACAGCAGUGCAAUUUGAAAACAAACACUGUGCUCAGGGUGUUUUUCAGCACACACCAAAUAUCCCAACUGUCUUAAUGGCGGCUGAAUCCCAAAGAAGCAAUUGCAAAUGCACACUCUCCUUGGCGUCCUUAACUGGUUUUUAAGCAGAUUAUUUACAACACGAAUUUCAGCAGAAAAUAGACAGUGGCCUUGUUGAAUGCAGCUUUUUUUUUUGAGGCCUGUGGACUCUGUUUCAGUUCUUGUUGAAGCAGGAUAAGGGUCCGUCAGUGCCUGGUCCCAGAUCACACCUGUUAGCACUGUUGCUUCUAAUAAGUAUCUCACUGGAUAAGGCUGUGAGGCUGCAUCUGUCCCUUCCCUACUUCUGGAAGGAAAACCACAGGAGUCACUCCAAAGAAGCCUGGAGCAACUUCAGAAGAGGAGAUGGUUUUUAUGUUAGCUGUAGGAAGCACAGCUGACCAGGCAGCCCUGAGUAAUGGAUGGAAUCCUAAGUAUUUCUCACUGGUUUAAAAACACUUUUGAAGUACCUUUCUCAGUAUUGAUGAAAUGACAUCUGCAGAAGACAGAACAUCGGAACCAAGAGGCUGUUUAGAUGGCAGACACCUGUACACUGUAUUUUAUGUAUGUGGAAUUGGAAUGCUCAUUUUAAAAUAAAUAUUUUUAGUCUUUUUAACUUUAGGGUUUAAACCUUUUCUUGGGCUGGGGAGAUGACUCUGCUGGAAACCUGUUUACCUUGUAAGCUGUGUAAUGAAGCAAGGCAAAGGUUGCCCAGGAGAUGGCCCAGCUAUCUGCUGUACUGCAGACUAUCAGAACGAGGGCCGAGAGAGGGAGCGUGUGCAGUACCAGCGUGUGCUAUACAGAAAUCUCACCUUUAGCUACCGUCACAGAUGCCGACAUAACCAGGCUUUCAAAGGCAUGAUCUUGCAGGCAGCUGUUACAGGGAAUGAUGGAGUGGAAGCAGCUUCUGUGAGAAGACAGGAUUGGUGCCAAAGCGCGUGAGUGAAACCUCUGGGAUUUCUUUUUAAACUGAGAAGCAGAAUGCUAACUUCACUGCAUUCUCAGUGUUGCUAUCUCAGUGACAAAGCAGAUCCCUCAACACAACUGUAAAGGACCAUCAAAUACGUGGCAACAAUACCAUUAUCUCUGAUGACACAAUAGGGUUUAUUAGUUAGUAUUAAACAUCAUGUGAUAAUAUAAGCUUCAAUAAAAAUUGUACAUUCAAACUGAA